AUGAGAUAUCCGAACCUCAACGCAAGCGUUUGGAAUGUAAAUGCUAUGUUUGUUGAUCAAAUGUUGAGCUUGAAGUCCCUGACAUGGCAGACAUGUCUGUGUACCUUGUUCUGCAUGGCGAUCGUCUGCGCAAUUUUCAUCCAAAAUCCUAUAUCCGUUAUCAUGGCGACUACUGCGAUUGCAUCAAUCAGCCUCGGUGUUAUGGGAUACCUCUCAUUCUGGCAUCUUGACCUCGAUCCCGUUUCUCUUUGUGCUGUACUGAUUAGCAUCGGCAUGGCCGUCGACUUCGUUGCUCACACAACCUACCACUAUCAGCUAUCAUACCGUGAAGCUGUUAGGAAAGGGCAAGAGGUACGAAUCGAUCUUGACACACCGUACAGCAGAAUACGGCACACAAUCAGCAACAUUGCUUGGCCAAUGUCACAAGCCGGCAUUUCUACUGUUAUUUGCAUCCUUCCCAUCGUCGUUCUACAGAACUACAUACCGUUGGUAUUUGUUAAAACCAUAACUCUAGUGGUUAUUUGGGGGUUAUGGCAUGGAUUGGUGCUCUUGCCUGCAUUUCUUUCUCAGAUUCCAUUACGCCUUCUGAACUUCAACUGUUAUCGGGUCUUGGUAAACGCUCGAAAUGAAGUCGCUGGUCAGGAAAUGUUGCUCCUCGAUGGUGACGCCAUUCGUUCAUGA